AUGGCUGAACAAAUGAACCAAGAAAGCUUAAGCGCCCCUCUUUUAAAUGUGGACGGAGGCUUGACUGAUAUCAGAACGCAGAUUAUUGUAGCUCCAAUUCCUCCUAAAUAUUCUCUCCCCACCGUUGUGUUAGUAAUGGAAGCAAGCCAGUAUUUCUUUGCUCUUUUAUCCACCCUAAUUCUUUCUAUUUUUGGUAAUGGACUAAUUCCUAUUUUAUGGCCAAUUUAUUGAAUCCCAUUAAUUGCUGGACUUAUUUAUAUAGGCUGCUAUAUUUAUGUAUGAUGCAUGAAUAGUCGGUUAAGAGAUUCCUCGUUUUCUGUGUUUCUGAUGUCUUUUGUAAUAUUAUCAGAACUUGUGCUAUUGAGCUACCUCUCUAUGGUAUGGAAACCUUUUUUAGUCUGUACGAUAUUAGCGAUAUUUAUGAUAUCAGUUUAUAUGUCUGCAGGCUAUGCUCAGUGUAUGCAUAGUCGCUUUUCAGCGCCUGGAGCAAGACUGGUAGCACUUUUUACGAUUAUAUGCAGUUUUGUAAUUUUUGCAAUUUUUUUGAAUAGAGAUAUGCUUAUUGCAUUGGUAUUGGAUAUUUAG